AUGGUUCAAUUAUCUGAACCAUUAGACAGUACACUCAAAUGGGAUUAUUAUCAAAAUGAUGAUACACGACUGAUUUUUCAAUGGCAUAUUACAUUACCAAUUGGUUAUAGCGGUAUACUUGCAUUUUCAAAUUAUGAUUUAGAUACAAAUCGAGCAGAUGUUAUUAUAUUUGGCAAAAACGAAAAAUUGUAUAAUGCAUAUACGAAUGACAGAAGUUUAUUAUUUUUACCAGAUGAUAGUAGUAAAUUAGAUUAUAAGGUAGUCAAUAGUGUUAGUACUGAAAAUGGAAAGAAAAAGAAAUAUACAAUACAAUUUAUUCGACCAUUGAAUACAUGCGAUGAACAAGAGCGAAAUUAUAUUAUUGAUCGUAGUACUGUACAUUUAUUGACAGGAUUAAUGACAUCGGAUGAUUUUAAAAAAACGACACAAAAUAAAUUAAUAGAAUUUAAUGUUGAACGUAUGAAAUUAACAUUACAACGUGUUCAAUUACUUAAAAGUCAAGCUAGUUUUACACCAGUACCAAAUGAUGAACCACAUGUUGAGUUUUUAAAUCGAGAUGUUCUUAUUCCUGAUGUUGAAACAACAUAUUGGUGUACAAGAUUUGAAUUACCACAAAAUAUUAUGGCUGAAAAACAUCAUAUAAUUCGUUUUGAUGGUAUUGUUUCACCACAGAGUGAAGGUGUUGUACAUCAUAUGGAAUUAUUUCAUUGUGAUGUUGACGUAAAGAUGAAAAUUCCAGAAUUUAAUGGAGUUUGUACAAGUGAACAAAAACCAAUGGGUUUAACACCAUGCCGUCGUGUUAUUGGUGCAUGGGCAAUGGGUGCAACAAAUUUUACUUAUCCAGAAGUAACAGGUGGAGUAGUUGGUGGUCCAAAAACAUCACGUUUUCUUGUUCUUGAAGUACAUUUUAAUAAUCCAUAUUUAAAAAAAGGUAUUAUUGAUCAAUCUGGUAUACGAAUUUAUUAUACGAAAGAUUUACGAGAACAUGAAGCUGGCAUUAUGGAAGUUGGACUUGAAUAUAAUCCAAAAAAUUCAAUUCCACCAGGAUCAUCAUCAUUUCGUAUAUCUGGUUAUUGUGCUGGUGAAUGUACACAUGCCUCUUUAUCACCAGAAGGUAUAACAGUAUUCGCAUCACAAUUACAUACGCAUCUUACUGGUGUCGAAGUAUUUACACGUAUUAUUAGAAAAAAUGGCAAAAUUGUUACAUUAAAUGUUGAUCGACAUUAUAGUCCACAUUUUCAAGAAAUUCGUCUUUUACCUGAACCAAUUCAAAUUUAUCGUGGUGAUACUAUUUUACAUACAUGUAUUUAUAAUACCAAAGAUCGAAAAGAUAUGACAUUUGGUGGAUAUGGUAUUAGUGAUGAAAUGUGUGUUAAUUAUAUGCAUUAUUAUCCAAGAAGUAAACUUGAAUUAUGUAAAACAAGUGUAGAAGAUGAUGAACUCGAUCGAUUUUUUGAAACAAUGAACGAAUAUGAUCGUUCAAACACAAGUAACAAUCAAACAAUUUUUCAAAAUUUUCGAUCAAUACGUUGGACUCCAUUAACUACAGCUGUUCUUCAAACAUUUUAUGAAAUAGCACCAAUACAUUUAUCAUGUAAUGGUUCUGAUGGAAACUACUCACCAAAUUUUAAUUGGAAGCGUGAAUAUCGACCUCAAGAACCUAAACAACGUGUUGUACCAUAUGAUACGUCUUCAGAAUGCAAAUAA